AUGAGUCUCGACACACUACCAACAGAGCUGCGGCUCCAGAUCGUUGCUCAACUCUCCCAAGUAUCGCACAUCAAUUCUCUCUGCCAAGUCGACCGCGGCUACUACAACUUGCUCAUCAACCACCUCUACACCGUCGACGAGCUCACCCUCCAGAAAGAUGCCCUCCGCUGGGCCCUCACCCACCAAAACGCCGGCACCCUACGGCGCUGGCAAGAGGCCGGCCUCGACAUCAACCGCGUGCGCCGCAACAACACCCGACCCCUUCUCGAGGCCAUGAAGGCCGGCUCCGACUGGGCCACCUGGCAGAUCCUCCACCUGGGUGCCAAAAUUCACAUCACCGACAGACAAGGCCAAACACCUCUCCACCUCGCAUGCGCCGAUGACUUUCAACGACCAGACCUGGUCCGCUACCUGCUCGCCCAGGGCGCCAACCCGUCUGCCACGACCCGUGCCAAGGACACGCCUCUAUUGAUGGCCAUCCGCUGCGGCAACGCCGAGAUUGUCGAGGCUUUACUCGAAGGCGGCGCCGACCACGCCGCCCAGGACCGCAUGGGCUGUGCGCCGCUGCACGAGGUCAUUGAAAACGGCCAGAUUGAAAUCGCCCGGCUCCUGCUUCAGCACGGCGCGGAUCCGUCGCUGGCGCGGCCUCAGACGGGCGAGACCCCGCUGCACACGGCUAUCCUGACGGGCUCGCUCGGCAUGGCCAAGCUGCUUGUCGAGAGCGGCGCCGACCUGGCGGCCGAGUACAACGACUUUACGCCCCUACUCCUCGCCUGCCAGGACGGCAGCGUCGACAUGGUGCGCUGGAUGCUGCAAAACGGCGUCGACAUCCAGCGCAACAUCAACAAGCGAGGGCUCACGCCCCUGCACGCCGCCGCCAUGAGCGGCUCGGACGAGGUCGUCAAGGCGCUGCUCCAGCACCAGGCGCCUCACAUGCUCACCAUCGAGGAUCAAGACGGCAACACGCCCGUGACGGUGGCCUCUCGCUACAAACACGACAGCCUCGCCAAGAUGAUGGUGCAGCUUGUCAACUAG